AUGCAUUUGCUCAGAAGUUUGGUACAGGUCUAUUGGGGUCUACUCAGGGAAUCACCCUGGCCCAUUCGAUGGCUUCAAUAUCAUCUUAUCGCUAUUAUCGUGAGAAUUUUUGCAGUGGCCUUGCUGCCUCCGCCAGUAAAUCAGUUGGCUUCGCCGUGGCUGGUCAUCGCAUCUCGCGCUAUAGCGCCUGCUUGCCUGGCCGUCACAUCUUGGACGCCUGCUUUUGAGGAAGUUCUCCAAUCAUCGCUCCAAAAGGACACCCGCAACGCUACCAGCGGCGAGCUCGCGCGCAACGCGACUCACCCCUGCCUAUCUGGUGACGAAUUUGCCGAGUUCAGCUUGCGCUGGUACCCCUUGAUGGACGUCGCCUUCAACUACAUUCAUCCGACCUCCAUUCAGGCGGAGGCGGUGUACGGCGUCUUUAGCGCCGGUUGCGUCCUCCUCACCGGCAUAUCAGCCAUCCGUGGGCUGCAGCUUCCCCGGGGUUUCCUAUUUUGGCAACAACUCUGCAAGUGCGUGCUGAGCACCACGACCCUGCUGGCCAUUGAGCGAUGGCGGCUGCUCCGCUGCCAAAACAGUCGCGGCGAGCCUAGUGUCGUUGCUGCUGGUGUUGGUGAUGGUGGGGGCAACUGCAGCUGCAGUGAUGGCGGCCCCUUCGGAAAUGUCAGCCAUGCCAUUCCCGAUUCAGGCAAGGACGUUGCUGCUACUGCUACUGGUGUUGCUACGGCUACAGCUGCUGCCGUACCGGGGCCGAUGGCGGUGGCGACGGUCCUGUUAGUAGGCGAAGAGGAUGACGUCACCGCCGGCGCCGGUAGGGAAAGCGAUUCUGUGCGAGCAGGGCCAUGUCGCGCUGGCGGCGGGGGGCCAAGCUGGCCGUCGAGAUCGACUGCCGUACCGGGGUCACGUCGUCAUAGCGACGACGGCAGUAGCUACGGCAAUGGCAGCGGCGGCAGUUUCGAGUGCCUCAUGUCGCAAGGUUAUGUCUGCAACCGGACGCUUCACUCACUGCCGCUACCUUUACCGUUGUCGGGCGAGACGCUUGAAAAUGUUGAAAGCCGAGAAGUGGAAAGGAGCGUUAACGACACGUUUGGGGGUGGCGAACGGACACCAAUCUUGGAGCGUCCUGACGCCGCCGCUACUGCUGUCGCGGCAGUGGAUCCCGACAGUGGUUGCGGUGGCAGUAGCACCGACGGCCCUAGGAGCAGUGGGGGUGACGGCGGCAACGGCGACAAUGGCGUCGUGUGCGGUGAGAGCGCUGAUGGUGAAAAUGGGAUCAUUACACACUCAGGGCAAAAGCCGCCUCUGCAGCCGCCUUGGGGACAGCAGCAGGAGCAGGAACAGCAGCAGCAGGAACAGCAGCAGGUGCAGCAGCAGGUGCCCAUGCAUGAGCAGCAGCAGCAGCAGGAGCAGGAGCAUCAAAACCCAGCAGCAGGGGGCCGUCUGGGAGGAGGAGUUGGGGGGUUUAGGGGGGUGCGACUAAUCACCGCAGAGACUGUUCCUUUGUCAGCGACCGCGACCGAUGAGAGCCGCCGCGGCAGCGGGGCCCGGGGAGCAGCCGACCCGUGGGUCACCGGCCUACCCACCGACCCGUGGGCCAUCCUCAGUCGCCGGCUGACACCCCAUGUGCGUCGGCGCGUCCAUCUCCGGCUCCAAUCAGCACAUCAGCUGGGUAUGGGGCAGCUGCCACCUUUGGCAAUGGCAACGGUAACGGCGAAUCAGUCUGCAACGAAUGUACAGCGGCGGUCGCUGUCGCCGCCAUCGCCGCCGCAAGCACGAACGGCAGCCGUGCCGCCGCCGCCGGCGCCAGAGACGCAGCAGCAAGGAGCGGUCCACCUCCAUGCUCGUCAACUGCCAUCGUACAUUCCCUUUCAUAUACAGCAGCUCUCUCGGUUAGCCGCGGUUGGGCGCGAUGCGUCGUCUUUGCCACACCAUGUGCCGUACAUUCGCCGUACGGCAUUGUACAGCACACGAGUCAAGCUUGACGGGAGCGAGCCGGAACAGGUGGCUCCUGGGUACCAAGAGAGGAUCGCUCGCGUGGUGGCUGAUGCAGGACUUCAGCUGGAGGCAGUGAGCCUGCGUCGGGGUUGUAUUGAGCUGCUCAUUGAGACACGAGCCGUCAAUGAUGCGCCGGCUGGACCAGGUCAAACGUCGCACGCCGCCGCCGCCGCCGCCGUAGGACCGCCGUCUGCAAUGGAUCAGGCGGCUCAGACGUCAACCGCCCCCGCUGACGCGGCGGCGGCGGCGGCGGCGGUGGCUGGUUCCGCGACCAUAGGCAGCGGCGGCGACGGCCACUCUUGCGGGGGUUUCUGGGGCGGCGGCAGCAGUAGCGUCAGCCUUAGGGAGAAGAGCAGGGAGAGGUCAGGUAGUACGACACCUACCAUGUAUGGCAGCCGUACUUCGUCACAGGAGCACAGGGAAUCAGUGCUCGAUAUUGGCGCGCUCAUUCGGGCGUUACAACUGCCCGUCUCCUCAGCUUCCUUGGAGUCUGAUCUGGCACAGGCCACCGGCGGCGAAGGCGAAUGUGUCUUGUACGGCGCGUACGGUGGCGGCGGUCCGCUUACGUCUGGGCGUCCGUACGGUGCCAUGCGGGACGCAGAUUAUGAAUUUGAGGGCGGCGGUGGCGCUUCCGAGUGCGACGUUGAGCCGCCUGGGUCGCAGCAACACAAGCCGACGGCAACGGCGGCGGCAGGAAUGACGGCGGUAACCAGCAGCGGCAGCGGCGGCAGCAUCCGUACGGCGCCCUCGGGCGCGCGGCCUCGACAGCCCCUCAUGCCGUUUGUGUUGGACGUAUACCCCCGUGUGCAUCUUGUAGGCGCUGUGCAGGGAUUCCAUCGUUGCGACAUUACACAGCAGGCGCAGCCCGCAGGGCAGGGCGCUGGCUGUGCUACCGCCGCCGCAGCAGCGGCGACGAAUGUGUUAACCCUCGUUUCUUGGCUGUCGCCCGCCUGGGCGGCGGCGGCGGCGGCCCUCCCCGACCGACAGGCUGCCGUACCGGUGCCAGCCGCUGCGGCGCCGGGUGACCCAUGGGUCGAUUUAAGCUGCUUUCCUGGACCGCUCCAGGCGGGCACUUCCGCCGCCGUAACGCAUGAGAGUGCCAUGCGACUGGGAGCUGACGUGGCGAAGACAGCUGGAGCAGCAGCAGCAGCAGGAGCGCCGGCAGUAGCAGCAGCAGAACCUGUCUUCGAAGGCGGAGGCCGACCUCUCUUCCGUCCAGCGGUGACGGCGACGUCUGCAGCUAUUCAUGUAGAUCCCCAGCCUCGCGCGCAGCUUGUAUUUCGCCACCACGGUGCGGUCGUGGCGGUGGCACCGUUAACGGCACCUGCCGGUGACGACGGCGACGGCACCGGCGGUUUUAGUGCUACAUCUCCUCACGCGACGGGGGUAGCCGCAGGUUGGUGUCAGUCAGGCGGGCGGGGGACAGCGGCCUCGACGGCGGCGGCGACGGCAGCAGCAACGAGUCGCGGGGAGAUGUCUGCAGAUGUUGGGGAGGUGGCGGUGGUGGAGAAGGAACGCGUGGCAUAUCCGCCGGGGGAGUCUAAGCAGCAACAGCAGCAACAGCAACAGCAGCAACAGCAACAGCAGCAGGGCCAGGAGGAUGAGGAGGAGGAGGAGGGAGACGUGAAGGAGAAACUCGGUGAUGAGGUUCUCUACAGCUUGGAUCUCGCUCCCCUCCUCCCGCUGCUGCGGCCGGGAGUGUUGACGGUGGAAGCGGUCAUCGUUGAUUCUGUUGCGGAGCCUGGCGUCACCGCCGCGGCCACCGACGCCGCUGCGGAGGCGGUGGGUUCGCCCACUGCCGUUAGCAGCAGCAACCGCAGUAGCAGGUCCGGCGGGGCCGCCAAGGUGCCCACGCUCUUGGUUGAUGACCCACGGGUCGCGGCGGAGCUCAAGCUGGCUCUGGACAGUUGGAACGGCUCUGUGGACGAGCUGUACGAUAUGUUGUACGACAUGGGCUCGCUGCUGAGAAUGCAGGACGACCUGGCAUCGUGUGCUGCGGCUAUCAUGCAAAGCGGUGGCAAUGACAAUGGCAAUCGCAUCAAUGACAUGCUUCGAAUGAGGUCCCUAUCUGCUCGUACAUGGGGCUUGUACAACCACCUUUGCGCGUACAUUGAAGCAAUGUUGUGGAAAGAGACGCGAUCAUGGUUCUCCAAAAGACAGCAGGCCGUUGCCGCUGCCGGGGCGGCGGUGGCGGCGUGGUCCGGAUCGGUCGCAGUGUCAUUGUCGCCGCCGCCGCCAUCGGGCACCACACCUUCGGGAAAAGCUACCAUUAGUCGCAGCCUUGGCGGCGGCAGUGCCGGCGGCGGCGGCGGCGCUGUCCAGGCAAAUGAAGACCAGCUAGGUGACUGGGGUGCACUUUGCAGUGGCUCUCUAUUGGGGGCGUUACGCUUCGUGGGAUCGUUCCUAGCAUCCUUUUGGCGCUUUGCGCCGUCAGCGCAGCAGAUCCUGCCUGCCGUGCGGCGAUGGCUGCGACUCGUCCGGUUGGUAUUGGGCCUCCAGAGCGAAGGCACGGCGGACGCUGAGGCGUUUGCGUCGUACACUGCACGCUUUGCCGAAGGCCUCAUGAACGUCAUGCAAGUGAUGGAUCUCAUUGGCUUUGCUACGGUCAUGACCCGCGGGUCGGUGCCUCCAGCCGCCAUCAACGGCGACGGCGCCGCCACCAGUACUGACGGCGCCGCUACCAGCAACAGCCUCACAGCCUCCAUUGACUCUGAUAAGGCCUGUGUGCUCAUGGCUGCCUCUACGGGUGUGGUCCUGGGGGCCCUAUGGCUCGUACUCCCUAGAGCCUCGUGGAGGCGGCUCUCUGCUCAGGCCAAGUGGCCGAGGCAGGUGUCGUACACAAUGGCGAAAGUCAUGGUUGCCUUUUUAGGCUUUCCGCAGCCGCCGGCGACGCUGCGCCACGAGCUGGGCGGGAGCAUCUUUGUGGUCGAAGGCGUUAUCCUACCCGCGGCUGUGCUGAUGAGCCCGAUGGAGUCGGUCAUCAUGGGCCUUAUCCGAGCUCCUCUGUGCGCCAGGAUGUGGCUGCUGGGGGCUGCCUCGCGCUUCACGGUCCCCACGGCGAUGGUCCGCGCUCUGGCGCUGUCCGCUCUCAAUGUCCUCACGACGGUGGUUAUACACGUGUACAUCCGUAUGUCAUACGAACGGGAGCGCGAUGCGGCGCAGCAUGCAAAGACUGAGUGA